AUGGAAGCGGGCGUGUGGUUCAUGCUGCUGGUCAUGACUGAUAUGGGCCAGUCCAUCCCUAAAAAUGACAUGCUGGAGCAGAGCAAACUUCUGCUAGAGUCACGCGAGGACGCAGACAGCGACAACAUGCUGGAGAGUCGAGGGGCCUCUGAGGAGCAGAUGGAUCAACUUCUGGAAGAUCGUCUUCUGGUGGAGAUGUUGCGCUCUUUACUCCACGGCUCCCAGAGAUACGAACGCAACCCUUCAGUGCUGCACCAGCCACAGCGGUUUGGUCGGGGGACUCGGACUGGCUUGUCCACAGAGGAAAGGAUACAGUCUCGGGACUGGGGGACGGUUCCCGGACAGAUCUGGAGCAUGGCUGUGCCACAAAGAUUUGGCAAAAAAUAACACUAUCCAUCAUAAAAACUCAGUGAGGUCUUUAGAGUCUUGUAAUUAUUAGAUCUCAAUCACCUAUAAGCAUGUCAUUCUCCCAUUCUUGUCUCACCUACUAAACCAAUCCAAGACAAGCGGUCACUCUUCUGUGCAUUUCAACAAACCCGUAAUAUUGAU